AUGGAGUAUGUCGGGAGCAGCGAAGAAGAGUCUGAGCAUGAGGUUGAAUUGACAGAACUUGAAGUUUCAUCAACCUCUGCCAUCGAGUCAACCUCCACCAACUCCACUGUCCGGAGACGAAGUCAUCACCCACCAGAUGGAUUGGUGCAUCUUUACCCAUCUCAAGAGAGCGCCCAACAAGACCACAUCAAAGUCGAUGCUCUUCGCAAGAUUGCCCGUUGCUUUGCUUUGAUCGGCAUUUGGGCCUUGGGAACGAUUAAAGCAUCUCCCCUUAUACCAGAUAAGGUAGAAUUCGAUGAGUUCAAAGACCAUCUCGGUCCACACUUAGCCUAUUUAGCGAUUCAGCUUUUCAAUGUGGUGGACACUUUUGAAGCUCAGUUUGCAAAGAGCCCGGAAUUCAUUAGUGCCUUGAAUUCUUUCUCUGCAGAUCAACUGUUAGAGUUCGUGAGACAGACAAGAACCACCGGCUACUACUCGAAAAUGCUGCGGUUUCGAAUAACGAGAUAUCAAUCGUCGAAGUCCCUUUCGGCUUCCGUUAAACAACUGCCAACCGCCAGUAACCCUAGCUGGUAUCAGAAUUAUUCUGAUUAUCUAGAUAGGGUCACUACGGGUGUUGGGACUGCCCGAAGCAGGCUUCGCGCAGUUGUGAAGCAAUGCCGAGCGCUACGGGACUGCAUCGCAUCAGCACACGAUGGCGGAUUGCUGAACGCCUCAGACAUGCUGAUCUUGAAAGGAAAAGUGGAGGCGCUCGAUGAGAACUUCGCGGACGCGUGUGCAGAACUCGACGAACCCGCCGUACAUCUCAUAGUAAACCCAACCGCUCUACGAUGGUGGGAGCAAGAAGAAAAGACGGUCAUGGACGAACCACCACCAGCCACCACCUUCGCGGCGCAAAACACACCCAAAUCUCCCAACCUCGCACCCACGCUCCUCUUCUUCGUGCCAGCAAUCUGUCUCCUCUCCUGCAUCCCAACCGCAAUGGCUUGGAUGCACACCACCCCCGGGCCCUCACCCCGCCCAACCGCCGACGCAAACUUCUACCAACUGCUCUCCAACUCCGCGAUGCAGCUCAUCAGCUUACUCACGCUUGUCUGGCCCCUGAUGUUCCACGAUGAACUCGCGAGGAUGAGCUGGGUGUGGACGUGGGUGCUUGCGGGGACGAGCGCUUGCCUUACCAUAGCGGCUGUGCUUACAUAUGUUUGGCUGUCGAUGCAAUGGAGCGGGCUUCUUUCUUUUGCGGGGGGUGUGGCACAGGCGCUGGUUGUGUUGCAGAUGGUGCGGUGGAUUUGAAAUGUGUUUUUCUUAAUCUAGAUUUAUGAUGAGUUCCUCGCACCUCUAACUCCUCAUCUCACGUCUCAGGUAUUGGACAACGCUACGAUAUCCAGGACAUC